AUGUCGAAAGCUGUCGUCGAUGAAAAUUUCUGGCAUACAUUCCAGAUGACUGAAGAGGAUUUCCGGAUGCGAGUCGCAGUCAGUCCUCAUCACACAAACCCCCGAUCCGCCACAUUGGAUUUCUGGAGAAAAACUACUCCGUACAACCAAUAUCGAGUGAUCCAGGAUCGAAGAAGAAAACAGAUGAACCAGCCUACCAGUUCUUCUCAUACGAAAGAAGAGCACAUGAUCAUUGCCCAAGCUCUUGCUUCGAUGGAAAAACGACGUGUCGGUACUCGUUUCCUUGAUAGAGAGGUCACCGAAGACGAUCACGAAAAGCCCUUGAUGGUCAUUCUCCAAGAACAGACGGAGAAGUGCUCCCUCAUGUAA